UGUCAGUUUCUUUGAAACCUGCACGCCGCGCUGCGAAUCCCAACUCAUAAAAAAUACACCGCAGCAAGGUUGCUAGAUUGUUUACCACUAAUAAUUGGAAAUUAAACGGUGGGCUUCGAUUUUUUAGCUAAUACUGGCACCACUUCCUUAUGUGUUGAUCCACCAUAACAAACAAACGUCAAUCGGUUGUUGGUUCGUGUACAGCAAGAAGAACGAAGUAAAUAAUUCUCUGGUUAAAGUUGCUUACGUGAUAUUUUACGAGUUUGUUUCAUUUAGUCCGUGCAGUGCAGAAGAUAUGAAUCAGCUUAUUGUUGACCGGAAAGUGAGCGAUGUGGAGGAGGAGCUUGAAGAGGCGCUGGAGGAAGAAUACCUGAUUGAGGAUCCACAACACAAUGCCGAUUUGAACGAGGACCCAUUCGCUGAAGAUGAAUCGCAGAAGUGGCCAUCAACUAAUGACAACAGCACGACGCCGUUCAGUGACCAGGGAGAUUCAUCCGUUGAUUCGACGCCAGAUAGUGGGGGCGUAGUUGAAUUGCCGGAGAAGAAAAAGUAUUACUUUUCAGCAAACUACUUCGUCAAAAAGUAUACGAGGCAAAAGAAUGGCAUAUGUAUCAACGAAAAAUCUAACGUACCUGAAAAAGUUUUCGGAAACAACCUAUCAGAAGUGCAGCGAUGCAUUUGGAACUUUGUCAAACCCCAUCUGUGCCGAGAAGUUGAUGUACAGGAAGCUGAUGGAAUCAAAGUGGCUUGGUUAUUGAAAGAGGAACCGGACAUUCGUGACAUACAUAAGUUUGUCUACCUGAGAGAUUCAAAAAGAAAGACUCUGAUCAAAAUGGACCAGCUGGGAGAAGGAAAGCUGAUGUUGAACUGGAGAGAAAAAGUCAUGAACGUGUUUGCCUUCGCCUGUUCACAGUCUAUCAGCUCCGUGGCCAUAUGGGAGGAAGUAAACAAAUGCCUGUUGAAACCCAGUGAUACAGACAGAGCAGGAGCACCCAGCAAUGUAAUCUUGGAUGAGCUGGUUCAGGAUUUAAGGCACAAGAAUUCUCAUUUGAGAAGCCACGAUUCCGGUUGGAUCCAGUGGGCCAAUUGGAUUCACUCGUCUCCGGCGCACCUACAAGAAAGUUUGAUGACGCAGCUUCCGCCUCCAGAGUUGAAAGCCAUGUUUUGGUCUCUACCUGUCUCCGAGGGAAGCCGAGCAGAGUGUCUACGUGAAGGUCUAGUUGUGGCACAAAAUAUCGUACAAAAUCUGGCUCCCGAUAUUCAUGCCUUGUGCGACAAAGCAGAACAACUCACAAACCUUGCUUUUGACGUGAAAGUGGCGGCUCAAGGCUUGAAGGAGAGAUUGGACAUGUGCAGUAGACCUGUUCACUUUGAAACUUUUUUUCUCCGAUUCUCGGUGACACAUCAAAUUAUCAAUCCACAUGCAAAACCAAGGCUUCAGUCCAAAAUUGAGCCAAACUGAUGAAGAUUUAAAGGUGUAUCAAAUCGAUUUUGUGUUUUUUUAGCCGUUUUCACAGAAAUUUACUCAGAAAUUCACAAAAUUGCUCCGAAAAGAUGCCGGAGAUACCGUUAAGAUAUAGUUAGAACAAUACUCUACAACUUUGCCAAAGAUACUACGGUGUUUAAAUUGCGUAUUUCGAAGUUAUUCAACAAUUUUAGUUGAAAAAUCACGAAAAAACACGAUAUUUUUACGAUUUUACAUAUAAAAGUCAUGUAAUUUUACAUUGUUUUAGGUGACUAAAUUAAUUAGCGAUUACUCCUUUGUGUAACGAACAUUUCGUCCAUACAUCGUUUUUGUGUAGGAAUUCGUUUUCAUUGACUAAUUAUCAAAAGUAUGUCACGUUGAUACUAAAAAUCGCACA